AUGCAGAGAAACGGCGAAUUGAACAAAGUAAAGAACCAACUGACCGGCGAAUAUGGCACCGUCCCUGAGGUAGCCCGUUACUAUAAAUCCAAAGGUAUCAGAUGGGUGGCCGUUGGAGAAGAGAACUACGGAGAAGGUAGCUCAAGAGAGCACGCCGCUUUGGAACCACGUCACUUGGGAGGCAGAGCGAUCAUCAACCAAGUCUUCGCUCGUAUCCACGAGACCAACCUGAAGAAGCAAGGUUUGCUGCCUCUCACCUUUGCCAAUCCUGCUGACUACGACAAGAUCCAGCCUACUGACAAGAUCAGUUUGAAGAAUCUGAAAAGUCUGGCACCCUGGCAAACCUGUCGAGUGCGAGAUCAAACACGCUGA